AUGUGUCUCCAUUCCAAUUUGGCGAAAAAUAUUGCUCUGUCGACUCGUCUGAAACUCCACCUCAUGCGAGCUGCGUUGUAUGUGGUGGAUCUGAAGCGGUUUAGGAAGAUAGCGGCUGGAGACAGACUGCGGGGGCAGUACCAAGCUUUGAGCCAAGACCCCAACAGUCUCUCCAAUCUGGACCAGGACCUCCCCAACAACAUGAUCCACCAGGUGGCGAUCAAAUCCCUGCCCCAGGACUGGCUGUGGUGUGAAACGUGGUGUGACGACAUCUCCAAAGCCACCGCCAAGACCAUCGAUCUGUGUAAUAACCCUAAGACCAAGGAGCCUAAGCUGAAGGCAGCGGUGAGGAUUGUGUCUGAGUGGUCCAGGUACAACAGUGAGGUUAAACAGUUCCUCAGACGCGUUCAGGAGAAUCGGACAAAAACACCGCAUUCAAGCCCAUCCACUGCCCCACCACAGCCUACAGGCCAACAUUUAGGGAUGAACACUGGCUACAGAUUACUACAGAGGAAAAGACACUACAUCUCAACUGUCUCAGAUGAAGACUGUGACUGA